CACGGCAAUUGUCACAGCAGUUAACCUCUCCCAAACCCGUUCUACGAGCCCUGUUACAGCCUACUAAACCUUCCUAACAUUAAAUACAUAAUCGAGAUGCUCGUGCUUUUUGGACAGCCAGAGAACUGGCACACAGAGGACUUUGUCGCAGCCGACGAUCGCGUCCGAGGCGGCGCGUCAGUAAGUCAUCUAUCUGCCCAAAAGGACGGUGACAACAACUCAAUUGCGCGUUUCUGGGGAAACUUGGACAUUAAGAAACUCGGUGGGGCUGGAUUUGCUUCUCAGAAAACUGUUUUCACCGACCGCGUAUGGGACCUUCGUGAAUUUGAGGGCAUUGAGUUGGAUAUUGCGAGAGGUGACGGGUUCAAGUACACUUUCAACAUAAAAACUGACCUGGCUACGGACUCCGACGACCACAAAGCAACUCUUGUUUACGAGUUUGACUUUGAAGCCCACUGCACGAAGGAAGGACAAACUGUUUAUGCUCCUUUCCACGCGUUCAAACCCACGUAUAUGGGACGUCCAGUGGAGGGUGCUCCUUCAUUGGACAAUUCACAUAUUGUACAAUUUAGUAUUAUGAUCCGAUCGUUUUUCGGAAAACAAUCUGGCGAGUUUAAUCUUGUGCUGAACAGCAUCCGUGCGAAACCAAGUCAUGCUUGUCCCCCAGACGAAACGACUGCACCUCAAUUUUUUGAUGAUCCUGCUGUCUGUUGCUGUUGCCAAUAAGUGAAAGUCGAAUCAUUUGUCGUCCUCCCAUCUCUUGUAUAGUUUUACGAAUUCAAUUGUAGACUUGUCUACUACUAUUUAAUGAAUUGCCGUUUUCUGUUAUCGCA